CUUUUCUUUCUUUUCUCUUCUCCUCUCUUUCUCUCUCUCCACACAUUUUAGGAGGAGGGUCGCUCUCUUUAUCUCUCUCUACAGUAGUGCUCUUUUUAUUCACUGCUAAAGCAAAACAUCAAAGUUCUGAUCUUUGUAAUUUCAGUUGAUGGAGUUGGAGAUUAUAACCUUUGGGACUGAUAGCGAAGAGGGACGCGUUCUGCGUGUUGGAUCUGAGUGAUUGGUUUAUUCAGUCCGAAUAGUUUGACAAGUGUGCAUUUCUUUCAAUGGCCUCAAAAUCUAAUAUCAAAGGUUCCGUGGAAAAGCAGAGUAAAACUACUGGUAGUCAAGCAUUAGAAGGAAAUUGUCGCAGGUCUUCACCUUUGCAGGUUUCCAGGACAGGUAUAUCUGACCCCACCACCCCAAAGAAAUUAGCCAGCUGUGUUCAAGAAGUUCCCUUUAAACAGGUUACCGUAGAAGCAACAGUGAACAAAAAGUCACAGGAUUCUCAGCAAAACGGGCCUGCUAAUUAUUUAGGUGAUAAAUUAGAUUUAAGCUUAUCUUUGGGUGAUUCGAAACAAGUGCCAACAAGCAUAAAUCAUACACAAAGUGAAACGAGAGGCUCAGCUGAUCAGGAAAAGAAAACAGUGGAGCAUAGAACUGUCAAGGAUUGCUCAGCCUCUGCCAAGGUUAGCGAUGGAGCUAGCAGCCUUGCAAAAACUAGUGGAAGUGCCAAAAUUAGUGAUCGAGCUGAUUUUGUUGAAAGUGGCAAGAGCAGCAUGUGUAGGGGUAGCACAAGCAGUGAUGUAAGUGAUGAAAGCACUUGUAGCAGCUUGAGUAGCAGUGUUAACAAACCUCAUAAAGCGAAUGACUCAAAAUGGGAGGCCAUUCGAGCUGCCCGAGCAAAAGAUGGGGUCUUAGGUUUGUGUCACUUCAGAUUGCUGAAGAAGUUGGGCUGCGGGGAUAUUGGUAGUGUCUAUCUUUCAGAGUUGAGUGGUACAAAAUGUUAUUUUGCCAUGAAGAUCAUGGACAAAGCAUCACUAGCAGGUCGUAAGAAGUUGCUUCGCGCACAGACAGAAAGAGAGAUUCUGCAGUCUUUGGACCAUCCCUUCCUUCCGACCUUAUAUUCCCAUUUUGAGACAGACAAAUUCUCGUGUUUGGUGAUGGAGUUCUGUCCCGGAGGUGACUUACAUACACUUAGACAGAGGCAACCAGGAAAGCAUUUUUCUGAACAAGCUGUAAAGUUCUAUGUAGCAGAGGUCCUCCUUGCUUUGGAAUACCUCCACAUGCUUGGGAUUGUGUAUCGCGACCUCAAGCCUGAAAACGUCCUUGUACGAGAAGAUGGACACAUAAUGCUUUCUGACUUUGACCUUUCCCUCCGCUGUGCUGUCAGCCCAACACUUGUCAAGUCGUCAUCCCUUGAGACUGAGCCCUUACGAAAGAACCCUAUAUAUUGUGUCCAACCUGCUUGCAUUGAGCCCUCUUGUAUUCAGCCAUCCUGUGUGGCCCCUACAAUGUGUUUUGGCCCUCGCUUUUUUUCAAGUAAAUCCAAGAAAGACAAAAAACCAAAAAAUGAAAUUGGAAACCAAGUCAGCCCAUUGCCGGAGCUUAUUGCUGAGCCCACAGGAGCGCGGUCAAUGUCUUUUGUUGGGACCCAUGAGUACUUGGCCCCUGAAAUCAUCAAAGGUGAAGGGCAUGGGAGUGCCGUGGAUUGGUGGACUUUUGGGAUCUUUUUGUAUGAGUUAAUGUUUGGCAAGACUCCCUUCAAGGGAUCUGGAAAUCGUGCCACUCUAUUGAAUGUUGUGGGUCAGCCACUGCGAUUCCCAGAAUCACCCGUUGUCAGUUUUUCUGCAAGGGAUCUUAUAAGAGGCUUGUUAGUAAAAGAGCCACAACACAGAUUGGCGUACAAACGAGGUGCAACAGAGAUCAAACAACAUUCCUUCUUUGAAGGUGUGAAUUGGGCAUUGAUUCGUUGUGCAAGUCCUCCAGAGAUUCCCAAGCCAGUUGAGGUUGAGCGAAUUCCAGCUCCAACAGCAUCUGCUAGUGAAAAAGCUGCUGUUGGAACUACCCCCAAUCAGAAAAGUUCUGAUAAUUAUCUUGAAUUCGAUUUCUUCUAGCGGUUUCUAGAGCUCGUUUGCUAUAGUUUUUCAAUCAAAGGAAAAAUGUGUAGUUCCUAAACAUUACCGAUAUACCGGAUUCAGGAUUCUUGUCUUGGCAGUUGGUGAUCAUAUUGUUGUUUGUUGUUGGUGUUGAACAGUUACAAAUCCGUUGUAUGGCAAAGGCUGAUGUGUUUUAUGCUAUCAAUCCAUAAUUGGAAUUCGGCCAUUGGUCUUUUAAUGAAAUGAUCAAAGAUGAUGCAUGUAAUGUGUUUUGGUGUUUUUGUCAGCAGAACAUUUCAUGAAAAUUGUGUUGUCAUUGAUAAGUUUGAUUCUUGUUAAUUGUGGGAGUUGUGAG